CUCAUUAUACUCUUUGCCAUCGAUAUCAUUUUGUCCGUUACAGUUUUACAUUAUCAGCGUAUCGAAAACCAAGCGAAGGGAUAACGACGAUGUAUCCCAAACGAGGCACGAGGCAAACGAGUAUCAGAAACAACGACAACAUUGCAAAAAUGAUCCCACGAGACUUGAUUCGUUGCCAAAGCAUAGUAAUUACUACAACGAGGAAUUAAGUUUAGGAACCCAUAACAAUGCUUCAUAUGAGCAAGAUGAUUAUCUUUCUAUCAAAUUAGAAGAAAGCUUACACUUCUAUAAGAGAUCAAUUAAGAUUAAUUACACUGACAAUGAGAGUAAUUACACUGAAGAUAAUUAUACCGAGAGUAAUAGUAAUAAUAAUAAUAUUAUUGGUGAAUACGCUUACAGUAGAAGUUUUUAUCCCAAUGAAGAAAUUUCUAAUGCAUUUAACAAUAUAUUGACGAAAAUAUUUCAAAGUUUGACUAACGCAUCGCUCGAGGAGAGUGAAUCUAUGAUAAAUGGUAUGUUUCUUAUGCGAGAACGUACGCCAGUGGAUCCGUGCGAUAGAUGGUUAAUUAACGAAGACAGACUGAGAGCUGCGUUUAUGGAACAUCUCGUCGUACUUCCCGGCUGCCCUUGCACAUAUCCGAAUUUCAUCUUCUAUAACAACCAGAUCUGGGAUGAAAAGCAAAAUAGGCAUUAUCGUUGGCGAGACGUGAGCACCCCAAACUACCGAUUGGAUGUUUACAAACCUGGAGCAUCCUAUUGCGUGCGUACUUUGUUGAGUACAGGAACUAUAACUGUUGCGGCUCAACAUUGUUGCUACGAUAAGAAAAGAAAACUGAUAACGCGCGGUUCCGGUGCAGGAAUACCAUAUUACGUUAGUCCAGAAGUAUCUAUGAUUCUUCAUGAGAAAAUAGACAUUUUACCUUGGCGACUUUGUAAAGGAGACUUUUCUAGAUUUAACGAAGUGAGGCCACCGAACAACGAUAAAGGUUGUCGUGUAAAUCCAAAAAAAAAGGAGUAUCAACGACAAUUAAACUCUACCAAAGAUUUUUGAAGAACUAUCAUUUUUAUGCAUGAAGAUGAGACCAA